AUGCGAGAAUUAUUUGAGCUUACGUGGGCGCAAGUCUUCCGCUACCUCUCGUUUGCCGCUCUCCUGGCCUUGAUCAAAUUCAUCAGCACCUGUAUCUACAAUGUCACGCUCCACCCGCUUGCCAGGAUUCCAGGCUCACGACUGGCUGCAAUGACAAGUCUGUAUGAAUUCUGGUUUGAUGUCGUUUGUGACGGCACCUAUAUAUGGGAAAUCAAGCGUAUGCAUGCGAAAUAUGGCAAGUUGUCCCUCCAUUACUGCUCCGGCGAACCCAUUCUCACGCGUCCAGGACCCAUCAUACGGGUGAAUCCUCGCGAGAUCCACAUCAAAGACUCGGAAUACUACAGCACCAUCUACACGGGAAGUGCACGCAGAGUCGACAAGGACCCCGCAGCCGUUGGUGCCCUCGCCUUGCGGACGGCGGCGGCGGCCACCAUCGAUCAUGACCUCCAUCAUGCCCGGCGAGGAUACCUGAAGCCGUACUUCUCCAAGCGCGCCAUCGCGUGCAUGGAGCAUGCCAUCUAUUCGCACAUUGACAAGCUCUGCCAACGCGCCGCGUCAUUCAUGGAAAACGACGCGGUCAUGGCCCUGGACCCGGCCUUUGCUGCUCUGACCGCGGAUAUCAUCACGGAGCGACUGUACGGCGAGACCCUCCAGUACUUGGACAUACCAGACUUCAGGACGCCCAUUGCCGAGGGUUUCCUUGGCAUCGAUUUGAUGUACCAUUUCACUCGCUUCUUCCCCGGCGUGGUUAAACUUUUCAAGAAGAUGCCGACCGCGAUUGUCCGCAGGAUCUCGCCGGCGGUGGCUGAGCUGCUGGCGCUGCAAGAAGGAAUCAAGCAGAACAUUUUGCAGACUCUCAAGACACAGGAAGGGCGAGACUCUGAUUGCAUCAUCGUGUCCGCCGCUGGUGACUCGGAAAUCCCUGCCGCGGAGCGGCAGAUCGACAGGCUGAUGGACGAGGGCGCGUCGUUGACGAUCGCAGGGACCGAGACUACAGCGCGAGCGUUAAGUGUGGGCAUGUUCCAUCUCCUGAGCGACAAGCGGCACCUGCUCAAACUUCAUGAGGAGCUCCGAUCCUUGCCAUCUCCGCCGAACAGGGAGUACCCCUUUGCCCAACUUGAGCCCUUGCCGUACCUGACUGGUGUCGUCUACGAAAGCUGCCGCCUCUCGUUUGGGCCCAUCAAUAGGUCACCGCGAGUGGCGACUCACGAAUCUCUUCAGUAUGGAGUCUACACCAUUCCCCCAGGAACCCCCGUGAGCCAGUCUACUUACUUCGUGCACACCGAUGAAUCUGUGUUUCCUGAUCCCCUCUCGUUUGACCCCGAUCGCUGGACUCGGGCGGCCAGGGACGGAAUUCCACUGAACCGGUACCUUGCCAAUUUCUCCAAAGGCAGCAGACAGUGUAUCGGAAUCCAGCUUGCCUUCACCGAGUUAUACCUCACAAUCGCCCGGCUUGUCACGUCUUUUGAGAUGGACUUGCACGAAACCACAAAGGAAGACGUGGCAAUCCAUCAUGUUCGUCUCGUGGGCUAUCCCAAGAAGCGCAAGGGUAUGGGAAGCAUACGCGGAGAGGUCAAAGUCCGGAUUAAAAACAGACUCGAAAGCUCACCUUUCAUGACGCCGAUAUUACGCAGUUUCCGGCGCUUGUCGCCUAGCCGCGAGUUUGGCAAGCUUGGGCGGCAACGACGAGCUGUUCGUUGCGUCAAGCUGCUGUUGAUCAGCUUGUUCGCAGGAUGUCUGAUAUUCUUCUAUAUCGACAACGCGAAUCAAAUAACGGAUGCUUCCGACUUUUCUAGGUUCACGCCCAGUGUGGAGGAGCCCGUGACUCCGACUCCAGGAGGGCAUGCUGAUCACGAGAUCGCGUCAGUCGGUUUGCAGGAGCCGCCUCACAGUCAACAACAAACGGAAAAAAUACGAAACACCGACUUUGAACACGCCCUUCGCCGCGUGGAUAGUCUACUUCCCAGCGAAACAGAGGCUCGCGAUCUUCUGCACGACAUCCAAGGAACAGGCGAGGAGAAGCUACGCGAGAUUGGACUUCGCGCUCGCGAAUACAGCCAGUUUUUCCAGGCCUGGGAGCAGCUACAUUUGGUUGAAGACACCGCCAAGUCGACAUUCAUCAGAGCCGACAUGGUUCCGUAUAUGCGUCGAUACUUUUCCACGGGAGUGGACAAGAUGCCCGCUGCUGAAGUUGAGCAGACGAUACGCACGUACGAAAAGUACAAAACUUUCAUGUACAAGUUUGAGAAGUUGAUUGCCGGGUGGACCGCGCCAUAUUUUGCCGACCACAUGACACUGCACUUGAACUUGAAGCAGGGCGGCCGGGGUAUCGUCGUCACCGCGGGCAACACCCAGGCGCCACACUUGAAAACGCUUGUUCAUAGCUUGCGAGAUGUUGGGUGCAACCUGCCUAUCGAGGUCAUGUACUUGGACAACGAUGAUCUUGGCGUCGACGUGCAGGAAGAACUCGCCGGUCUCGAUGGUGUUGUUACCCGCGAGAUUGCCCCAAUGGUCGAUGACAAAGGCUGGAAGUUGGCUGGCUGGGCGGUGAAGCCUUUUGCAAUCUUGUUUUCCAGCUUUCGCGAGGUCAUCUUCGUCGAUGCCGAUAGCCUCUUCUUCCACGACCCCGAGACUUUAUUCGAGGACGAAGACUAUCAGCGAACAGGCGCGCUGUUCUUCAGGGACCGGACACUUUGGAAGGAGUGGAAGCAGGACUGGCUCAAAAAGGUGUUACCCAAGCCCAUCUCGCCGGCGGUUAUUGCGAGCCGGUAUUGGAAAGGGGAGAGCGGACAUAUGCAAGAAUCGGGAGUUGUGGUUGUAGACAAGUGGCGCCAUUUCAUCGCCAUGCUCAUCGUCUGCCGCAUGAACGGCCCUGAGAGAGAUGGAAACAAGGAGAAGGACUUGGUUGGCGUUUACGAUAUGGUUUAUGGUGACAAGGAAACCUUUUGGAUUGGCUGGGAGCUUGUGGGCGACACGGAUUACGCGUUCCAUCGUGGCCGCGUCGCCGUCAUGGGCGUAGCAGAAGACGGUGAAGAGGCGAGGAAGGCUUCCGACAAAGACAAGCCUGACGCCGACGAACUCAAAAGGUCAUCCGGACCAACGGCUGAGACCAACAACAGAGCACCGGCUGCGUACACAGUGUGCGCGCCACAGCUGCUACAUCUAGGCGUCGAUGGAAGUCCGCUAUGGUUUAAUGGCGGUCUUGUGCAAAACAAGUUUCUCGAUAAGAAGGAAUGGGAGUUUGGGAAGUUUCGAGAGUUCGUCGUCGAGCCUGACACAGUGUUGACGUCGACGUGGACAAUGCUAGGCGGUAAUAAGGCCUGCCUGACAGGCGAUGCAGGCCUGAAGCAUUCGUUGAGCGAAAAUGAGGGUAUGAAGCUUCAAAAAAUGAUUGCUCAUGCCAGGAAAUACGUGUUGGGGCAAGCGAGAUGA